CCCCGUAUAUCUGUUUCGCAUUUACAUCUUCGAUUCUUGUGUGUGUGUGUGUGUCCGACACAUCUUCACCGUCCUGGUAUACAGUGCUGCCCCUUCGAUUCGACGACGAUCGACGCAUUUUUGCGGACCGGCGCUAUCGUUGCUGCUGCUGCUGCUCAGACCUGACUCAUCGCUCGCAGUCUUACUGCCCUCUUCAACGCCGAUAUGACGUAUUUUCUUAAGUGGUACGAGUAUAACAAGCCCGUACCCUACCGCAGCAUCCUCCAGGAGAAAAUCGAGCCUGGCCAGACACUGAUCGUAAAGGGCUCGACCAUCGAUGAGUCGACGAGGUUCACGAUUAAUCUUCACAGCAAAUCAGCUGAUUUUUCUGGAAACGAUGUUCCUUUGCACAUUUCGGUGCGCUUUGAUGAGGGAAAGAUUGUCAUGAACACCUUUUCCAACGGUGAAUGGGGAAAAGAAGAGCGCAAAUCGAAUCCGAUCAAGAAGGGAGACUCAUUCGACAUUCGAAUCCGUGCUCAUGAUGAUCGCUUCCAGAUCAUCAUUGACCAGAAAGAGUUCAAGGACUACGAGCAUCGCCUUCCUCUCACCACCAUUACUCAUCUUUCAAUCGAUGGAGACCUUUACCUCAAUCAUGUUCACUGGGGUGGAAAGUACUAUCCAGUCCCCUACGAAAGCGGAAUUGCUGCCGGUUUCAACGUCGAAAAGACCCUGCUCAUCUUCGGUACCGUCGAGAAGAAGGCCAAACGCUUCAAUGUCAAUCUGCUUAGGCGAAACGGCGACAUUGCACUUCACUUCAAUCCACGAUUUGAUGAGAAGGCCGUGAUCCGAAAUGCUCUUGCCGCUAAUGAAUGGGGAAAUGAGGAAAAGGAGGGAAAGAUGCCAUUCGAGAAAGGAGUCGGCUUUGAUUUAGCCAUCAAGAAUGAGCCGUACGCAUUCCAGAUCUUCGUCAACGGAGAGCGUUUUGCAUCGUUCGCCCAUCGUUCAGAUCCUAACGACAUCACCGGUUUGCAGAUUCAAGGCGACAUCGAACUGACCGGCAUUCAGAUCCAGUAGAGAACGUUUUGCGUACACCGCAUGUGUCUCAGCUUAACGCCCUCAGCGUAUGCUUUGAUCUAUUCCGUGUUUUCGGUCAAUCUGAUAUUCCUUCUCUCCAUUUAUAUUCAUUUUAUUGAAGAAGAAUUUUGUUAAUAUUGAUUAAGCAGCUCUGCACUGUGGUUUUUUAUUCCCGUUCCUAUUUUCUUCUAUGUAAUC